AUGUAUCUCGGAUUCGAAUCAUGUCCACGAUCUCGAAAACCGAGAAAGCGAGAGCUGUCGGAAGAAGAGAAACGGCCCCGUACUGCUUUCACUCCCGGUCAACUGGAUCGACUCAAAAAGCAGUUUCUCGAUAACAGGUAUCUCACUGAAAAACGGCGCCAAGAAUUGGCUCAUGAACUUGGUCUCAACGAAUCCCAGAUCAAGAUCUGGUUUCAGAACAAGCGAGCCAAGCUGAAGAAGGUGACCACGGAAAGACCGCCGUUGGCUCUACAAAUAAUGGCACACAACCUCUACAACCACAAUGCCAUUUCACCAUGA